UUUCAUUCCAUGCUUCGACACAAAUGCGCGUACACAAUUUAAUGAAAAUUUCGUACACAACAAUUAAAUAUAACCCGUAGUAAUCUUUAGUCCAAUAAUAACGCUGUUCACACACAAUAUGAGUAACGACAGGCGGUUAGUACUAUUUUGACUUCGCACUGAAUAUGAUGUUGGUUAAAGUUUCGCUUCUAUUUUCAAUAACUUUGUCGUUUCGUUCAGUGGAUUGUUUCGCUACCAAACUCAGUGAAUUGGAUAUAUGUAAAAAUAAAAUAUGCAUACCUAAAUGCUGUGGUUUAGAUAAAUACGUGCACGGCAGAGAUAGCAAGUGCGCCUACACCGAUUUGAAGGAUGCAUUGAAUUUUUCUAAAGUACCUGUCUACAAAGACGACUUAACAACGGUGGUAACAACGCUGACUGAUCCGAGGUUCCAUAUGGUCGGGAAUGUUUUCGAAGAUGAUGAAUUCAAAAGUCUCGCCUACGACUUAAGUCGCACACGGAUCUACAACUUUUUUUUAUCUGAGACAGGUGUGCUCUACCUAGAGAAAUCAAACUUUUACUUACGAUGGACACCAAGGAACACUUCUAGAUACUGCGUUGACUACAGAAAAGUGAAAAGCAAAAACGCCUCUGUGGCCUGGGAGGCACAAUAUCGUUUCUUUACUGUUAUGGAUCCUGUAGCUCAACCCGAAACCCAAACACUUUACAGAACUGCGCUGAUGAUUUCAAGUUUGUUUCUUUUAAUUGUGCUUUUGGUCUACGCGAUACUACCAGAGCUCAGGAACUUGGGUGGUUUGAUUCUGAUGGCAUAUGUAGGGAGUCUAUUGUGCGCUUUCUUUUUGCUGUCUAUCAUACUGCUCGAUAUCAACUACAAAACAAACACUUGCAUUGGAAGUACUAUGGUGAUAUACUACAGUCUUAUAGCAAGUUUUUGUUGGAUGAACAUCAUGUCAUACGACAUUUGGUGGACAUUUAGAGGAUACGCUAAAGCAAGAUCGAUUCACCGUCGCGGUGAAAUCUUCAAAUUUCAAAUGUACUGCUUGUAUGGUUUUGGAGUACCUCUAGUCCUGACCAUACUACUCGCUGUCAUGCAUUUCGUUGACUUUAGCGACCAGCCCUGGAUAAUCAAGCCACAGUUGGUACGCUACGGUUGCUUCAUGGGAGGUCCCGAGAAAAUGUUAUACCUCUACGUACCGAUGCUGAUUCUAAUCAUGUGCAAUUGGAUGUUCUUCCUGAUGACUGCUUUCAAUGUGUGGCGGCUCAGUCGCGGUACGGCUGUCCUGGAUUCGGCCGCUGCCGGAAACCCACACGCGCAUCGCACUCAGAGACACAGGUUUAUGGUGUAUUUAAAGUUAUCCAUUGUGAUGGGUAUAAACUGGGUAUUAGAAGUGGUUAGUUCUCAGCUCCCCGAGCUACAAAUCUUCAAAGUUAGCGACCUAUACAACGUCAUGGUCGGCUUGUUCAUAUUCCUCAUCUUCGUUUUCAAGAAGAAAAUACUAAGGAAACUCAUGAAAAAAUUGCCGAACAAGAAGCGUUGGGCUCCGGCGUCGAAGAGCUACGAAUCAGACAGCAGCACGUCAGACGGAAGCAGCCAAGAGACUUCCUUGCCUUUGGUUUGUUCAAUCCCAAAGGGGCCUAUCGAAAAGAGCACUUAAGAUACAUCUUCAAAUAGAAAUGAGCCGUGAUCUUCGAACUGAACAAAACGCGACAUGCGCGAAAAUCUUGCCCAAUAAAAAAAUAUGCUCUGAGUGCUAUGAGGAGUUUUUUGAGAUUUCUGCCGUGAAGCAGUAAUGCGUUUCGGUUUGAAGGGUGGGGCAGCCGUUUUAACUAUACUUGAGACGUUAGAACUUAUAUGUCAAUGUGGAUGGCGCAUUUACGUUGUAGAUGUCUAUGGGCUCCAGUAACCACUUAACACCAUGUGUGCUGUGAGCUCGUCCACCCAUCUAAGCAAUAAAAAAAAAAUGAUAUCAUCAUCUCGUUUUGUACCAUCGCACCGCCCGCCACCGGAGUAGAGUUCAUUAGUACUGCAAACUACCUGGGGCCACUGCGUUCAUCCACAGCGCGUUUCCGGAGAUCUUUUUGCCACGUACCAUCCGGCUUUGGAAUGAACUCCCAUCCACGGUGUUUCCCGACUGCUAUGACAUGUCCUUCUUCAAACGAGGCUUGUGGAGAGUAUUAAACGGCUCGGCUCUACCCCUAGCAUUGCUGACGUCCAUGGGCGACGGUAACCACUCACCAUGAGAUGGGCCAUAUGCUCGUCUGCUUACAUAGGCAAUAAAAAAAACCAGGAAGAUUUUCACAUUCAGGAACAAAUUUAAAAAAUUAUCAUUUACCAACACAACCCGUAAGAUUAACAGGUCAUCUUGUUAAUACCAAAUACUGUAAGAUUAUUGAAAUAGUCCUGUACAGCGUUUAUUCUUCAUAGGUUAUGAUAAAAUAUUUUAGCUUCUUUAGUUUUAGUUAGAUUUUAGUUACUUUAGAUUUAAUUUAAAACAUCUGUACUUGUACUAUUUUGAUCAUAGAGUUUUCGAUUUCAAAGUGUACUUUGAAAGUAAAAAAAAAAUAGAUACAAAAAGGGCGUCACCCCUUACUUGAUAUUAAACCUAAAAAGUGGAUACCUCUAUUGUAUUGUUGUAUUUUAAAUAAGCUUUAUCUAUAUAUUAAUACGUGAAGCAAAAUCUGUGUACAACUUUUUACGAAAACCGCGCGCACGGAGGAGUAUGAAGUUUUCAACACUUUAUAUAUACUAGUGGUCCUCUGGUAGUCGAAAUUCGACUAUAACUAAUGGAAAUUAUAAGUUUGUACACAAUUAGUAUUCAAUUGUCAAAGACUAUUAAAUACUCCUUUAAUCACAGAUUUCGUCAAAACUACACUUUAGACAAUUAUUAAUAAAGAAAAAACAAUAUUUAAUCUAUUCUCCAUUUGACAGACUAUAACUGACAGACUGCAAAGAAAAGUUUGACAAUAAACCAUGAUUUAAUGUAUUUUUUAGGCAUAAUUUAAAAAAAUAUAUUAACAUUCUGCACUCCUUCUCUAUAUUCUCUAUAAGUGUGGGAAAUUUCAUACUCCUCAGUCCGCGCAAUUUUCCUAAAAAAGGAUACAAAGUUUUUCCUUCAAGUAUUAAUAUAUAGAUAAUGUGUUAUUAUCGCAUGGGCAUUCAUUUUUCGAUGUCUAUGUGUUUCGCCUAUCUACCCAAAAAUCCUUAUUAGACAGUUAUUAAAAAUGUACAUACCAUAAUUCUUUAACGUAGUAAGUGAUUUUUCCUAAAGUUAUUGUAAGGGCGCCUAAUAAUAUACUUUGUCAAAGUAGCUUAAGUAUGAAGUGUUUGUGUAUAUACAUUAAUUCUUCAUCAUCAUUAUCCUGCUCUUCUCCCAGUUACCUGGGGUCGACGCAACAUGUUUUCUCCUUCCAUACUCUUCUAUCAUAUACCAUUUCUUCGCUCACUCCCCUCUUACCCAUAACGUCUUUCACGCAAUCCAUCCAUUUCUUCUUAGGUCUACCUCUUCCUCUAUAUCCUUCCACAUUCAUAGUUAACAUAUUCUUACCGACCUCUUAUAACCUGUGUAUAUACAUUAAUUAAAAACAGUAAAUCGUUUAAAUAUU